UUACCGUUCUUUUGCUCGGCGUCCUGUGAGCGGAUAAGUUAUGUCUCGCAACCAUCAGCGACCAAAUCUUGGUCUGGUCGAUGCACCGCCUAAUGAUCAUGUCGAAGAAUAUGUAGUGGAGAAAAUCUUAGGCAAACGGUUUGUUAAUGGGCGUCCCCAGGUUCUGGUGAAGUGGAGCGGUUUUCCGAACGAGAACAACACCUGGGAACCAUUGGAAAACGUAGGCAACUGCAUGAAGCUGGUCUCCGACUUCGAGUCGGAGGUCUUCAGGCUGCAUCGGAAGGCCGCGGCUAAAUCUGUCGGGAAAUCGAAGUCAAGUCCUAGCAGCAGCGGUCCAUUGAUCACCGAGAAUGGCCCCAGCAGCUCUAAGAAAACACAACAACAUUCCAAGUCGGUGCAGGCAAAAAACACAGCUGGAAUGUCGAAGAUGAAUCAGAAAAAAGGAAAGAAUAUUAAGAAAACGGCGGGAAAAAUCAAAGAUAUUGAAAAUUAUCCCAAAACUCAGAUGCCUAGUACUAGCCAAGUCUCCACAGAUUCAACUGAAGUUUUCGACGGCAAUCCAUCAGCCACAACGACGAACAUGAUUAAGAGUCCCAGGAUUCAAAGCCUUUUCAGUGAUCUGAACUUGAUCGAACCCACUAAAGACAAAGAUGUGGGGGACACAUCUUUAAAAACGCCUCCCAAAUCGCGCCGGCUUAUUGAAUUUCCUCAACGGGAAGACGCACCAUUGUCUUCGAAACAUGUGUCUCCUAUGCUGAUUCGUAAAGAAUCCCAACCAUUGCAGAGCUCAUGUACUGAUGAUUCGGAUUUGGGUGAAUCCUCUUCCAGUAUGUCGCUUCCUACAGUAUCAUCGACCAGCUCUGAGAAAUCGAUCAAGGUCACCAAAUCGGAACCUAAAACGCUCGGCCAGAUAAAGUUUUCGUCUAGGUCAUCCGAUGGUGGUCAUGCGGCUUCAUCGCUGGGCGCACCAAAAGAAGGGGACAUUGGCUUGGAUUUAUCUGGCAGUGAUUCCAUGGAUUCCGAAGUGGAGAGCAUGCGCCGCUGUCCGCGCCGCAAGCGUAAAAAAACUUACCCGGAUUGGAAAUUCCCGGAGAUGACGAAACCCUUCGGUGUGAAUCGCGGACUGGAUCUGGAUAAAAUUCUCCACUGCUACCAGAUGAAUGACGAUCUAUUCAUGUUUGUCACGUGGAAGGGCUGCUCGUCCAUCGAUGCAGUGCAUAUUAAUGACAUUAAGGAAGCGUAUCCAUUGCAGAUAAUUAAGUACUUCGAGAGCUUGAGGAUCAUUGUGCCCAAGUAAAGAUGCCUAGUACCGGGUUUGUACAACGUUUUGGCCAAAAAGAAAAAUUCACAUCACACAACAUAAUCGACUCCAAGUUCAAGGUCAUCGCAUCUAAGCUGGGUAAACUCCAGCUGACCCAUCAAAUUGAUCUAUUCAAAGGAAAAACACCGAGUUGUGUUUAUACUAUGUUUUAUGUUUUCUCCGUACAUGUUGAAAAAUGUACAUAUCAAUGGUUUCAAGUAACCUGAUAUACUAACCUUUUUCCCCAAUAAAUUUUGUUUUUGGCCUGAC